AUGACGAGCCCGAUCAGCAAGGUGAUUGUAGUCGGGGGAGGAGGAAACCUUGGACGCUACAUCGUCUCCGCUUUCGAUAGCGACACUCGCUUCACUAUAUCCAUAUUGAGCCGAUCUUCCUCUCGCGCCUCUUUUCCACCUCAUAUCACAGUGCACCGGACCAGCGAGUACUAUGACGAACCUGAACUGAUUGACAUAUUUAGAGGCCAAGACGCAAUCGUCUGCACGAUAGCUACAAACAGAAUAUAUCAGCAGAAAGUUAUCAUAGAUGCCGCUGCCAAAGCCCGAGUGAAGCGCUUUGUCCCAUCUGAAUUCGGCCAUGAUACGCGAAAUGAGCAGGCCGGGGAGAUGAUCCCGUUUCUCUUCAAGGCCAAAAAAGUGAUAGUACAGUAUUUGAGGACCAAGGAGAAGGAAGGAUUAAGUUGGACGGCAUUUGUAACGGGGCCAUUGUUCGAGAUAGCCGUCCAGAAUUUCCUAGGAUACAACAUACCCAGGAGACAAGCUAUGAUACUCAAUGGCGGAGCGAAUCGCUGGUCGACCACGACUCUCGACAUGGUUGCUCUUGCGGUAAAGAAUGCAAUGCUCGCUCCGGAUUGGACGACCAACAGAUACUUGUUCAUCGAAUCUUUCAGGGUUUCCCAGAACGAGAUUCUCGCAUUGAUGGAAUACAUCGGCGGGUUACCAUGGAAUACGACACAUUGUGACGCGGAAGAGGAAAAGGAACUGGCGUUGGAAAGCCUGUCCAAUGGGCAGCUACACGCUAUGCCAUUUCUAAUGAGAUAUGUAACCUGUGAGAAGGGGUUUGGAGGUCAUUAUAUGGAUUAUGAGGAGAGUUCGAACAGCGUGUUGUCAUUGCCCAGGGAGAGCCUUGAUGAAGCCGUAAGAGCUAUUCUGCGAGGUGGAUAG